AUCCGCACGAGUGGCUAAUUAAACUCCACGUCUCCACCGUCUGUCUAAAGUUCUGUUUGCUUUCUUCCCAAAACACUCAAUUUAGUAAUUUUACGCCUAAUGGGUGUGCGGAUUCUUAACCUUUCCCCAUUUUCUUGUUCCAGAUCCUUCCUUUUCAAAUCCACAGCCCCGUCAGGUUUUAUCCCUGUGUCUGCACUGUCCAAGAAGACGCAAUUGGAUGCACCAUCUUCUAGAUCUAUCCACCUGAAAAUUUCCUCCUCUGGGUUUGGCUGGUUGAAUCAUCAGGCAGGCUUUAGAGCUUCACGGUUCGUGGCCAUGGCUUCCACGGGAUCGGUUCAGAAGUCUGAAGAGGAGUGGCGUGCUAUUCUAUCUCCUGAACAGUUCCGGAUUUUAAGAAUGAAAGAGACUGAGUAUCCAGGAACAGGGGAAUACAACAAGCAUUAUGAAGAGGGAGUGUACAAGUGUGUAGGAUGUGGAACUCCUCUUUACAGGUCCACCACUAAGUUCGACUCAGGCUGCGGCUGGCCCGCUUUCUACGAGGGUCUUCCUGGUGCCAUUAACAUGACCACUGAUGCAGAUGGGAGGAGAAUAGAAAUUACAUGUGCUGCCUGCGGAGGACAUCUUGGCCAUGUUUUCAAGGGUGAAGGGUUCGGUACGCCAACGGAUGAGAGGCAUUGUGUCAAUAGUAUCUCUCUCAAGUUUGUUCCUUCAGCAAAUUCUGAUGCAUAGCUCCCGGUGAUAAAUGACUGUGAAUAUGAAUGUAGGGUUCCAACUCAAAUAUGCUGCUUUGACUUUGUAUCACAUUACAACUGAAGCUCUUCUAAGCGUUAUUUUCCCUUGUGUAAAUGUCCAAUCCCUGUGUUUACCAUAUAUCAUAUUGUGUGCUGCCCUGGACUUCUAUCGCCUUGUACUUGGACGGUUUUGAGUUCCAGUCUUCCAGACCAGAUCAAACUUGGAUAAUUAUAAAAUACACAAAGAUCAAACAUUUACAAGAC